GUUCCCCGGUGCGGACUCAAGUGACGAAUCGUCUGUGGGUAUCCCCUCGUCAUAGAGUUGGCUGAUCCUGAGAGAAGUCGCCAUGUACUUCCCACCGGCGUCUGUCCCUCCCCCGCAGGAAUACCCGCCCAUUCAGAAGGGAUACCCGCCCAUGCAAAUGAUGCCACGUGAGCCCCUCACAGCACACCGGAGGGGAAAGAUCAGCUGCAUGAAUGCACUAAGUCUUGUGUGAUCGGAUGUGUCAUCUCUGUGUUUGUGUGGCUGGUGUGUUCAGCCUACGGGGCGGCGGCGUAUCACAUUCCCCAGGCAGGCAUUCAGCCCAAUGCUCCACACGUCGCUCCCCAGAUGUAUAUGCCGGUCUCCGCGCAGCCCUACCGGCCGCCAACGGUAACAACCACAUACGCCAACGUCCCAACCAUGUACCAGGGCGCCGCGCCUUACCCAGCGCACGGUGGGUGGAUCUCCCUCCAGCAAGCGUGAUGCACUCCCUCGCCCGUUAAUAUACAUUCCUCGUCGUUUGUUCAGGUGUGGUGACUCAUGCGCCGCACGUUGGGGGUGUGACGUAUCGCGUUGUGGGGCAGGCGGAGGCGACGGGACCGAGAAUCGUCAAUGUUGGGCCGGUGGUGCCACUGGGUACCACUCAGGCACCGAUUUCUCCUGCGGCUGGUACCCAGUGCCUGCAUGAGAACACACGGUGCCAACUCAUGGUUCUGAUUCUUGCAUUUUGUGCAGCAGUUGAGCCCCGCGGGAUGAUGUUGGCGUCUCAGGCUCGCCAGCGGCUGAUUGAGCUCAUCCGCAAGCCUGAGCUUCUGUAUGAUGAAGCAGUCAAGGUGAGAGGGGACGCAAACAAGAAGCCCUCGAUGAAUACCUCGUGUCUCCCUCCUUCACGCAGGCCUUCUAUGAGCACGCCACAGCGCCCAUGGCGGAGCCCCGCCGGCGCAGGUCGUCUCGUCGCGCAUCUCGCGUCAAGGGGUAUCGCAAGAGCACCGUCAGUGCCACCGUCCACAAGGCAGGGUCGCUGACGCUCAAGGUUCCGGAGGUGCAGGGCGGGGAGAACGGUGAGGAUGACGAUGCCGACGAGACCAGCCCCAAGAGCGCCUGCAGUGGCCCUGCGUACGGCGAGUGGACAGAGAAUGGCAUGAGAAGACAGAGAACCGACCCUGGUACAUACACAAAAGAGACCACACAAAAGCGCGUUGAUCACUGUUUGAUGUGUUUCAACAGACGCGACCGAGGCGACGCUGCCCCCGUUGGGCCGGACGGUGAAGGUGAUGCGUCUGACAAGCGUGCCUGACCUCGCCCGCAGCCUGGCGCAGGACUUCCAGAUCAGCGGCAUCGAUGAGGCGGAGUGGGAGAACCUGUUUGAGAAGUACGAUGAAGGAGACGUGGGUCAGCUGGACCUGGAGACCUUCAAGGGCUUCUUCCGCGACCUUUUGCUGCACAUCCGCGACAAACACUUCGAGCCACAGAUACGGUAGGCAAACGGGGCGGACGUGAAAGGCAGCAGAGAAGGAGCAUGUUGCGUUGUGCAUGUUGUGUUGUGCAUUUGUAUGGCCGCUGUGUGUAUGCAGAUUUCGUCGCGAUUUCUUUUUCCCCAAUGAUCCAUCGAAGCAGUCGAUCGAGGCCACAUACGACCUCCAAGAACAGAUCGGGAGCGGCCGAGUGAGACGACCGAUUACUCCGUGUGACAAGCACAUCCAUGCCUGCUUCUCCUUUGUCUUCAGUUCGGUGUGGUCAUCAAGGCCCGGCACCGGCAGAGCGGCGUGGUCCGCUGCGUCAAGAAGGUGCCCAAGUCGCACACCGCGCUGCCGCUCGAGUCCAUUGUCCAGGAGUUGACCAUCCUGAGAAAGCUGGACCACCCCAACAUCAUACGCAUGGUCGAAGCAUUCGAGGUGAGUGAGUGUGGAAGGGACAGACAGAGACAUGCAUGGACCCCACCUCUCUCUCCCUCACACAGAUGAUGUGCUCAAUGGAUGGAUUGAUGAGUGCAGGACGCCACGCAUCUGUAUCUGAUGUUUGAGCUGUUUGAGGGCAAGGAGCUGCUGACAGAGAUUCUUGAGAGAGCGCCCAAGGAGGACUCCCCCGAGGGCGGUGGCAGCUUCACCGAGACGGAGGCGGCGCAGAUUCUCAAGAGCAUACUCAGCGCUCUAGCACACUGCCACGAGAAGAGAAUCAUGCACAAGGAUCUCAAACCAGGCAGGAGACCAGAUGCAGAGACACCAGAUGGACACCAUUAAUGGUGCUGUCUAUCGUCGUGUGUGGGUCUUGCAGAGAACGUGAUGAUACUGCACGAUCCCAAGAGCGUUGAAAAGGCUGGAGGUACGGCAGUAAGUAAAGAUGUGUGUGGGAUGGCCACACGCAUGGCAAACAGGCUCGUCUCUACGUGUGUGUGUGUGUGUGUGUGUUGUCAGGUAGUUUGAAGAUCAUCGACUUCGGUCUUUCAGAGCUGUUCACGCCCGAGCAGUUCUCCUCUGUCAUCGCGGGCACACCUUACUACAUGGCGCCUGAGGCAAGACACGAACACUCCGACACAAGACAGGCCACACGCGCAUUGCAUUGAUUCGUUGCUUGAUGUGAUGCUGUAUGUGUGUGUCCCGUGCAGAUGUUCAUGCGUCGGUACAACUACAAGUGCGACAUGUGGAGUGUGGGUGUCAUCCUCUACAUGCUCCUCACCUCCUACCUGCCCUUCAACGCCUCCAGUCAGGCAGAGUACGCCGAGGUCGUCAAGACCAAACCAGUGCCCUUCCCCGCCAACCUCUUCGACCACAUCUCCAUCGAAGCAAAGGACCUCAUCGGCAAACUACUGCAGAAAGGUCCAUGCACCCGUGGCAAAGACACUUGCACGGAGCGGUGCACGCCUCCCCUCCCUCCCUCCCUCCCUGUUUGUGUGUCCUUUGUUUGUUAUCAGAUUUCCAUCGUCGGCCGAGCCCCAAGCAGGCGCUGCAGCACCCGUGGUUCCACAAGUUUGCCGGCGACAAGGACCGCCAGGCGUCGAGAAAGGCCUCCAUGAGACGGAACCGCAUCGACUCGGCACUCUUCCAAUCGUUCGCAAAGGUAGGUAGCUGCACACACACAAAUAAACAAACAAAUAAACAAACAGACAAACAGAAAAGACACGAAGGGAAGACCGACACGGAUGAUGCCUCCCCCGUGUCUCUCCCUCCGUCCUUUACAGAAACCGAUGUUUCACCGUUUGUGUGUGAAUCUUUUGACGCCUCAUUUGGACUACACGUCCAUCAGCCGUGCGCCCGACGUGUUCAAGGCGCUGGACAUCGACCACGACGGCGUGCUGUCCGAGCAGGAGAUAUCUGAGGCGCUGAGCGAGCUGGGCAUGAGCGAGGCCGAGAUCCCUAUGGUGGUGGACAAGCUGGACAUGGCGCAGAGCGGAACCAUCACCUACUCGGAGUUCACCGCCAUACUCGCAUCUGCCACACUGCACAAGUUCAAAGACAGACUGCCUAUGGUCUUCACACAGGUACGUACCUUUCCGGAUGGUUCGAUGGAUGGAUGGAUGUACCUUUUCCGCCUUCGAUGGAGGGAUUAGAGGAGACACACACGAGAGAUAGCUGGUUAUUCGCGUGUCUCUUGUGUUUGCAGUUUGAUCGCGGCAACAAGGGCUAUCUGACAGAGGACGACCUGAUCAUCCUGCUGAGCAGCCGCGCCAUCGAAAUGGACGAGCAGCAGUCCCCCACCCACGCGGGCCACGCCCAAGCGGCGUCUAGUGCUUCAGUGCCCAAGGCCCCCGAGAUAGUGCUGCGUCAGAUUUUCAAGGAGGUCGACACCGACGGCGACGGCCACAUCACCUACCAAGACUUCGAGCACUACCUCAUCCACACAUGACAUCACAUGCCACGCCACCGACCUGUUGCUCUGCUGCUCUUAUCUGCUCUGAUCUGAUCUGACGAAUGAAGCAAGGAUCGCUGUCUGUGAGAGACGGGAUAGGGAGGGAGGGAGACGGGGAAUCAAAUCAUGCAGGGGGGCUUGACUUGACCUGGCCCGUGCCGUGGGUGGUCAUCAUUUUUGGAUGAGUGCUGGACUUGCAAGGGAGAGAGGGGAGGGAGGGAGGGAGGGAGGGAGGGAGGAACACACACGUCUGCCCGCGUCGUCAGUGCACAGAGGGGAAGAGGGAGGUUUGCUGGAGCAAACAAACACCGACAGAUGGACGGGGCGAGAAUGUCGCCUGACUGCCUGCCUGCCUGUCUUAUUUCCUUCCUGCCUGACCUUCUUUGUCAUGGGAUGGUCUGACGAAUGGAUGGAUGGACUUGUUCAAGACAUGAGUUGCGUACGGUAUAAGGCGCUGCGGUCGGUCGGUCGAUUCACAUGCAUCUCGUUAGUGAGUGCAGCCAAUUGGUCGCUCA